AUGAGCACGUAUGGGACGCUGUUGAAGGUGACUUCUUUUGGAGAGAGUCACGGAAAAGCAAUCGGGUGCGUGAUAGAUGGUUUCCUUCCAAACAUAGAAAUAAAUUUCUCGCUGAUACAAAAAGAACUAAAUAGGAGGAGACCAAAUCAGUCCAAGCUCACUAGUAGCCGAAAUGAAGAGGAUAAAUUAAUUGUCCUUUCCGGUUUUGAUGAAAAUAGAACUUUGGGAACACCAAUCACAUUUUUAAUUAAUAACGAAGAUGUGAAGAAGGAACAUUAUUCCUCCUUCAUAGAUAUUCCUAGACCAGGUCAUGGGGAUUACACAUAUUUUAAAAAAUACAAUAUUAAGAAUAAAAGUGGAAGUAGCCGUUUUUCAGGAAGAGAAACUGCUACGCGUGUAGCAGCAGGUGCUUGCAUAGAGCAGUGGUUACAAAAUUAUUAUCACUGUAGUAUCGUUUGUUAUGUCCAUUCUGUGGGAAAUAUAAAAUUACCUGAAGAGGUCGUAAAAAAUUUCGAACGGAAUCCACCGUCGAGGGAUUUAGUCGACACAUAUGGGGCUGUGAAGUACGACCAGGCGAGAGGCAUAUUCUGCGACUUUUUCGGCAAUGUAUACAACGCUGAUGGGAAGUUCCUGCGGGGGGGUGGAGUUACCUAUGAGAGAGCAGUUCCCAGCGAUGGAGAUUUAGAAAACGCGCAUGAAAGGUUAACGGAUCCAGGUGAGUACACUCUCCUGCAAACCAGAUGCCCACAUCCAUUUACGGCAGUACAAAUAUGUUCAUAUAUUUUGAAAUUAAAAGAAGCAGGUGAUAGCAUAGGGGGGAUAGCUACGUGCAUUGUACAGAACGUGCCAAUAGGAAUUGGAGAACCCAUCUUUGAAAAAAUGGAAUCAGAAUUAGGAAAAAUUAUUCUUUCCAUACCAGCAGUGAAGGGUAUCGAAUUUGGUAGUGGAUUCGAUGGGACAUAUAUGCUGGGGUCGGAACAUAACGAUUUGUUCAGGCCUUUGGAUGCAUCGGAGGAGAGGUACUAUCAGAGGGGAUGGAGUCUGACGAAUUCUGUUGACAAUAACGGAGGAGAAGUGACAUCACGGGGGGCACAUGCAGAGGAGGGAAUAUUUUUCGAAAAAAAUUACUGCCAUCUACGGGACCAUACCUCCAAUCGAUCCGACACACCAAUCGAGCAAUCGAUGCGACAAACUUCUCCUCCUCGUUCAGAAAAACUAUUAAUCACAACAAGUAACAACUGCGGAGGUAUUCUAGCGGGAAUUACAACGGGAAAUAAUAUUGUCUUCAGAGCGGCCAUAAAACCUGUAUCGUCCAUACAAAUAGAAAAGGAGACAUCUAAUUUUUCUGGACAAAAAUGCAAACUGAAGGUAAAAGGAAUGCAUGACUGCUGCAUACUGCCGAGACUUCCUCCCAUUAUUGAAGCCUGCACUAGUAUUGUCAUCGGAGAUAUGAUACUAAGACAAGUGGCCAAGUAUGGGCAUAGCAGACUUCCCUCUUUGGGGUACCUCUCUCGUUCGACGAAGGAGUAG